CGCUAGUUCCCGUGUGGAUAUGUGCGCUAUGGCGGCCGGCGCUACUGGACGCGCGCUGCCCUCGCGCGAUCUCUGGCAGCUGAACGAGUUCGCGCAGCACCAGAACGAAGACUGGGUCCAGCAAAUGAGUGCGGCGAUUCGUGCGUCGUCGAGCGCGCCUCUGCUGAGCUACGCCGCGCUGGGCGCGUGGCUGGUGCGGCGCGAGCUGGCGCCGGCGCUGCUGCCGCGCCUCGAGGCGGCGCUGCUGCUCCAGCGCGCCGGCAACCAGCGCAUACACGUCGCCAACGCGCUCAGUCUAAUCGGAUCGUCGACGUCGGCGGAAGACCUGGUGAUAUACAAGACGGCGGCGGCCAUUCUCGGCGCGCCGAUGGCACACUUCGCGCAUCUCCUACUCUGGGCGUUGCUGAUGCAGCUGUAUCUCUCCCGUGGGCCUGGCGGUGGCCCAGAAACCCCAGCAGUGGGCCCGCUAUUCUUCAGCGGAAUCAUCAAGUCGCGCACUCUUGCGCAGCUCAAGCGCCGCCUCCAAGACUCCAUCAAGUAUCACCAGAGCGAGCAGAAAAGAUUAGCUUCAGAAAACCCUGAACCCACCACUCCAGCUCCAAAUACAUCCAGGAUAGUCAAGUCCGAAUCGAGGAGUCUCGAUGGUCAACUGAUGCCGUUAUCGAUUAACGAUUUGACGUGCGAGUCGAGCGAUUCCAGCGAGUCGGAUGACUCGGAAGAGGAGAGAGUGGCAUCGCGCAGGGGCUCGACGGAGGAAAAUGAUGUAUACAUGAAGAAUGUCAAGUUGGCGAUCAAGUACCAUGCGGCGGCUGAGAGCAUGCUGGGAAAAUAUGCAGAGUGGUUGGACGCGGGCGACGCGGUGCGCGCGCGGCAGACCGACGCCGACGUGUCCCGCCUGCUGCCGGAGCGUUUGCAAGAAGCGGUGUGGGAGGUGUCACGCAGCCGCGCGACCACGCCCCCCGCGGAGCGGGAGCCCCUCCCCCUGCCGCCGCCCGCGCCGGAAGCCCCGCCCCCCGCGCCCGCCACGCCCUACGACACAGUCGUCCGAGUGCUCAUGGACAUAAAGAACACGAAGCCCAAGAGGUCUCGACGGCCGGCCGUCAAGUCGCCUGUGGACAAGGUGGACUUCAAAGACAUUCGCUCCCUUCUGAGUCUCGUUGAAUCUCACUGCCAAGAUCUGCAAAAGUUGGCGAAGGAAUCGAAUGCAGAGGUGUCAACGUUGGCAAACCUUAACAUAGUGCUGUGGAAGCUUGUGCAGGAACAACGCGUGGCCAAACCCUUGCCCUUUAUGCGCAAGUAUUGCUCUCAGCGCUGCGCUCAGGUCACGUAUGCGCCAUCGGGCCACGAAUGGUGCAUAGCAGUGGGCGCGGUACAGGGCAUAAAAGAAAACAGGGCCAAGGCGAUGGCGUGCACGCGGCGGCUGGCGCGCCCGCGACCGCACGCCGCGCGAACAGCGGCCGCACUGUUCACUAUCGUCAGGCGCAUACCAAGCCGCGAGGCGGCGGGCCGCGUGGCGGAGCUGGCGCUGCAGGCGGCGGCGCGCGCGGGGGGCGCCGCGGCCGUCACGCUCGCCGCCUUCGUCGAGCAGCUCGCCGAGCGCUGGUUAUCCUCCGACGGCGUCCUCUGCUCGUACCUGAUCAGGCGUUCGUACAACAACAGCGCUGCGCAGACGCUCAUCGGGCCGCUGGUGGCCCCCCCGCGCGUGGACCCCGCGCACAUCCCUACGCUGCACAGCGCCCUGCUGCGCGGCCCGCUGCCGCCGUCCGCACUGUUCAGCUACCUGUCUCGGUUCGACAUGAGCCGAUGGGCGGACACCGCGACGCCGGCGCAGCGUAGCGAAGUACUCAAUGAGCUGACGGAAGCGGCGCAGCGCUGGGCCGCGAGAGACGAGCCCGACUACCAGGUGUUGCUCGAGUUGGUCGGCAUGCAGUCGGCUGCAGCCUGCCGGGGCUCCGAGCUGGCCGCUCUCGCCAGCGGGUGCUGCCGCGCCGCCGCCGCCUGGCUGCCGCCCGCGCAGCUGUCGCACGUGGCGCGCGCGGCGCUGCUGCGGGCGCCGGGCCUGCCGUGCGACCAGCUAGGCCACCUGCUCCGCGAGCUCGGCGUCAUCUGGUGGGAGGUGCGCAGCGGCCUUAAAGGCCCCGACGAUAGACACGCAGCGUAUGCGCCGCACGUGGCUCAGUUACUGUCAGUGCUUCACAGGGCGUUCGUCGCUGCUGCGGUGCAACUAAGCUACGCGCCUGAGAGAGUGGCAGCACUAGCGUGGUCGAGCCUGCUAGAGGCGUGGUCGGCGUGGGUGGUGCCGCACGCUGCCACGCCGCUGCUGCCAUCCACCGGCGAGCGGGAGCACUACACGUGCAUGCUGCGGGCCUUCCACGAAGCCGCGCUGGAGGUCAUGACUGACUGUCCUGGCACAGAAGAGCACCUCCUCUCCCAGAUAUUCGAGUGGGCGGUGCAGACGUGCGCGAGCGUGCACAGCGCGCCCAACCAAGAAAGCCGCGUGCAGGCGUCCGCUCUGCUGGCGGAGCUGGCGCGCGGGCCUUGGCGGAGCCACCAGUGGCUGCGGGCCAGCAGUCUGCAGGCCUUGCUGCAGGUGUGCCACCUGGGCGACCGAGAGCUUAACGACUGGUGCGCGGCGGCGUGCGACGGGCUUCAAGCGUACACGUGGGCAGGCAGGGAGGCCGAGCUGGGUGCUCGCCUGCCGCUGUUACUGCACCUGUUCACUGCUGGCAUCUUCCAGAACGACCGGGUGAGUAAAAAAUCAAAAAAGCUUUGCACUUGACAGAAAGAUAAAGAAGCAAGUAAGACGUAAGUACAUACAAAGUGACGAAGUCAGCGUACAUCAAGACCGCCAGGGUUUGCCUCGAAACAGAUUUUCAGCGGAGGCCCGUUGUCACGGCAACAGCCCUGGUAUUCCGAAGGUGUAUUCCGAAGCGAGCAGUGGACAGCA